AAACAACCACAUUGGCCCCAGGAACGACAGCAACAACAGUGGCCACAGAAGCAGAGACAACAGCAACAGCAGUGGCCCCAGUAGCCACAACAACAACAGUAGGAACAGAAACAACAACGACCACAGUUGCCGCUGAAGUGGCAUCAACAACAGUUGCCCCAGUAGCCACAACAACAACAGUCACCCCAGAAGCCACAACAACUACAGUGACCCCAGUAUCGACAACAACAAUAGUGACUCCAGAAGUGACAUCAACAACAGUUGCCCCAGUAGUGACAACAUCUACUGCGACCACAGACAGAACACCCACAACAACAGUGGCCCCCGAAGCAACAACAGCAGAAAUCCCAGUAGCCACAACAACAACAGUAGGAACAGAAACAACAACGACCACAGUUGCCGCUGAACUGACAUCAACAACAAUUGCCCCAGAAGCCACAACAACAACAGUCACCCCAGAAGCCACAACAAUUACAGUGACCCCAGUAUCGACAACAACAAUAGUGACUCCAGAAGUGACAUCAACAACAGUUGCCCCAGCAGUGACAACAUCCACUGCGACCACAGACGGAACACCCACAACAACAGUGGCCCCCGAAGCAACAACAGCAGAAACCCCAGUAGCAACAACAACAACAGAUGCCCCAGUAGCAACAACAGUAGCCCCAGUAACGACAACAACCACAGUGACUCCAGAAGCGACAACAACAAAAGUGAUUCCAGAAGCAACAGCAACAACAGUUGCCCCAUUAGGGACAACCUCACCAAUAACUGCGGAAGUGACAACAACCACAAUGGUCCCAGAAGCGGCAACAACAGCAGUUGCUCCUGACUUGAUAACGACAACAACAGUGGCCCCAGAAGCAAUAACAACAACAAAAGCAACAGAAAUAGCAACAACAGCAACAGCAGUGGCAACAGUAGCGACAACAACAACAGUGGCAACCGAAGCCACAAUAACAACAGUUGCCCAAGGAGCAACAGCAAUAACAGCAGCCCCAGGAGCGACAACAACAACAGUGGCCCCAGAAGCCACGAUAACUACAGUGGCCCCAGUAGCGACAACAACCACAGUGGCCCCAGGAACGACAGCAACAACAGUGGCCACAGAAGCAGCGACAACAGCAACAGCAGUGGCCCCAGUAGCCACAACAACAACAACAGUAGAAACAGAAACAACAACGACCACAGUUGCUGCUGAGGUGACAUCAACAACAAUUGCCCCAGAAGCCACAAAAACAACAUUAACCCCAGAAGCCACAACAACUACAGUGACCCCAGCAUCGACAACAACAAUAGUGACUCCAGAAGUGACAUCAAUAACAGUUGCCCCAGUAGCAACAACAUCCACUGCGACCACAAAAGGAACACCCACAACAACAGUGGCCCCCGAAGCAACAACAGCAGAAGCAACAACAACAGAUCCCCCAGCAGCGACAACAGAGGCCCUAGCAACGACAAAACCCACAGUGGCUCCAGAAGCGACAACGACAACAGUUGCUCCUGAUUGGAUAACUACAACAACAGUUGCCCCAGAAGCGACAGCAACAACAGUGGCCCCAGAAGUGACGACAACAACAGAUGUCCCGGAAUCGAAAACAACUACAGUGAUUCCAGAAGGGACAACAACCACAGUUGUCCCGGAUGCGUCAACCUCAACAACCGUGGCCCCAGAAGUGACAACCACAACAGUGACUCCAAUGACAACAGUGACAACUCCAACAACAGCAGUCCCAGAUCCCUGUGAUUCAAACCCUUGUGGAAAAGGAAGCACGUGUGAGGCUCGAGCCAAUCAGGGCUUUGUAUGUUUGUGUCUGGCUGGUGAUAACUACAACAACAAUACACAUCGUUGUGAGAAGGCCAAAGUUUUCCCUGGACACAUACACCUGCCUUACAUACCAUAUGAAAACAGUAUGUCAGACAAGGCAUCACCAGUGUUCAAAAGGACUGCAGACCGUAUUUCCCAAGAGCUGGACCAUAAAUUGAGCUCUAAUCCUACUUACGUUCGAUCUAUAGUGCUGGAAAUGUGGUCAGCUGACAACAGUCUAUUUAGGAUGUUGGUUGGCACCAAUGCAUCUGUAGAGAUCAUCUACUCAGCAAUCUCCAACAUGACAACAUCGGAAGUUGUAGCAGAGGUGGAGAAGGCCACCUCCAAUUGCACCAACUGUUCAGUGGCAGGGGCAAUUUUUGCUGAGGAAGACCUGUGUGAGAGGAAGCCAUGUGAUACAGUCACAGCAAAAUGCUCGUCAGAAGAUGGAGAUUUCAAUUGCACCUGUACAGCUGACUACAUUCCAACUGACUUCAGUACCAGAAUCUGUCACGCUUGCCCGAGUGGAAAAAAAGCAGAGAAUUUUGUGUGUAUCGAUUGUCCAUUUGGUUAUUCUGGUUUUAACUGCAAUGAAUCAUGGAAGCUUAGACUGGUGAUUGUCGGCUCUGUGCUCGGCGCGCUGCUGCUCAUGUCCUUCUUUCUUCUACCGUUAGUCACUCACAAGUUGUCCAAGAAAUGGUUAAAGACAAACACUACUGGAUUCUUCGGAAAACUCUUCGUCAACCAGUCUGCUCCCAAGGCACCAUUGAUCAAUGGCCACUCAGUCAGCAGCCAUGGAUCAGUCUUUGAUAAGGGGGUAGCCAGUGGCUUGGCAGCUUAUACCAAGGAUGGGGUUGUUAGACUUCCACGGGCAAAGGCCAACAACACCUGGAACAGCAGCACCAGCUUGGAGAUGAGUGAAAGCAACAGUCAGCAAAACCUGUUCCCUGUGGGAAGGGACUAAGUGGGUAUUCUUUCUGCCUGUGUGUAAAUAAAAUGUGACUGUGAAGGUUCACAAUCAUCCAGAUCAUGGGUUAUUCAAAUCAUGCUAAAGAAAGGCAGCUGGACUUUUAAAUCAGAAUUAAAUAAAGUAGCUACAGAAGCCACAACAACUAUUACGCCAUAAGUCACAACAACUACUGCUUCUCCAGAAGCCACAACAACAUCAGUAGCUACAGACGCCACAUCAACAACUGUUGCUCCACAAGUCACAACAACUACUAUUGCUACAGAAACCACAAUAACAGGUACUCCACAAGUCACAACAACUACUGUUGCUCCUGAAGCCACAACAACAAUUGUUCCAGAAGCCACAACAACUACUGUUGCUCCAGAAACCACAACAACAAUUGUUCCAGAAGUCACAACACCAACAGUUGCUCCAGAAGCCACAACAACUACUUUUGCUCCAGAAACCACCACAACUCCAGUUGCUUCUGAAGCCACGACAACUACAGUCGUUCCUGACGCCACAACAACUAUGGUCGCUCCUGACGCCACAACAACUACUGUUGCCCCACAAGUCACGGCAACAACAGUAGCUCCGGAAGCCACAUCAAAACACAUCGUUGUGAGACUGAGGAAGACCUGUGUGAGAGGAACCCAUGUGAUGUAGCCACCGCAAGAUGCUUUUCAACAAAUGGGAAUUUCAGCUGCACCUGCAAGGACGAGUACGUUCCGACUGACUUCAGUACCAGAGCCUGUCAUGCUUGUCCCUCUGGACAAAAAGCAGUGAACUCUGAGUGUAUCGAGCUGUCAAAGAAAAAGUUGAAGACAUACUCUGCUGGAUUCUUCGGAAAGCCCUACGCCAACAACUCUGCUUCCAAGGCAACACUGAUUAAUGGCCACUCAGUCAACAGCCAGGGAUCAGUCUUUGAUAAGGGGUCAGCCAAUGGCCUGGCAGCUUAUACCCAGGAUGGGGUUAUUAGACUUCCACGGGCAAAGGUCAACAACUCCUGGAAGAGCAGCACCAGCUUGGAGACAGCUGCCAGCAACAGUCAGCAAAACCUAUUCCCUGUAGGGAGGAACUUAAUGUCUCUGUGUAAAGAAAAUGUGUUUGUGAAGGUUCACGGUUGUCCAGGUCAUGGUUUAUUCAAAUUGCACUAAAGAAAGGCAGCUGGAUUUUUCAAUGAAGUCAUAAUCGUCCCACAAUGGGGAAAUGUUUGACCCAUCCAUUUGUUCAUACAGUAGUGUGUAGUGGGUGUGUAGUGUAUAUUGGGCUGCAGCCUCAGGUGGGUUGCGCCUGAUAUCUAAAUCAGGUUUCAAGUAAUGAAUUAAUUGACAUUUCAAAAUGUUGACACAGAUGUUUAAGAGUUACUUGACUGAUGUGUGAAUCAUUUGGAAGUUUGUGGCUGCUAUAAUAUCAGCUGACCACUAGAUGUCACUGGUAGGGUCUGUCUUUGAGGCUUCAAAGCUUUUUCUGGUACAAUCAGGAAGAAGCCCCAGAAGCUUCACAAGGCUUCAUCCGCCCAUCUCUAGUUUUUAGCUACAGCAAUUUGAGGUAUUUUGACUUUAGCACCAACAACAAUUAUCUCUGUUAUCUCCUGAUUCAACUGAAGGAAACUGUGGUUCAUCCGAAUUUACCUGCUCUAAACAGUAACACCUAUAGUCAUCUGGGGACAGUGCUAGAUAUAUCUGUGUGUCAUCCUCAUAGCUGUGAUAUUAAACAUUGGAAUUCUGCAGAAAUUUACCUAAAGUGUAACACCCACAGAUGUUUUUAUUUAAACCCCAGUUACUCACCACUUCUUUAGAACCAAAGACCUGGAUGAAGUUUCUUCAAGCAACUCCAGUCCAGUUGCCUUUCCAUAGCAUUUUAAAUAAAAGGAAAGUAAUACUUAAUGAAGCUCUGUCUUGCAAUUAACUGUUGUUUUCUACUGCAGUGGCUGAACAACAACCAUGGUGGCAGAAAAACAUCCACCCAGGCUGAGUCCCAGAACAACCCCAAUGAUCAGAGCGGGGGCUACAACAACCCUUACUACACGCGAGACAAUGAUAACUUUUCAAAGACUCAAAGUGAUCUUGUCUUUUGCUGACCACCUUCAAUGAAAUGUGGGAUGUGAUUUCCAUCUCAUGCCAUCUUGGUACUGUCCACUAAUUUUGCACUAAAACUUGAAUCUGUUAAUUUACAAAUAAUUGUUUUUUUGUAUGAAAAUUUGUUCUUCAGAUAAAUUUAACAAUAUCUUA